AUGCACAAAUACAGUGAACGGCAGCAAAUCCUCCGAGACUUGUUCAUGGUCUUGAUUUUCCUCCACCACGAGGAGACCGACAGGCUCCUAGACUCCUCAAUGAACAUUCCCUCUGUCCCUUCACUUGGUUCAAUUGCAGCACCGGAAAAUCCCGGUCGGGCUUUGGUGCUAGACAUGCUGUUCGAUGACGAAGCUAUGGUGUCUGACCUCAUACGCUUGAUACUUUCGAACCGAUACCUGAACAACCGACUGCCGGGGCGAACUCACAACGAAUAUGACCUAGCACUGCUGUUUGACAUGCGCGAGGAGGAUUUCAAGCAAGCUGUCCGGACGACUAAGACCGGCUUCACCUGGCUGCUAGAACAAAUUUACUUCAAUCCAAUCUUCUACAGCAACAGUCCCCGCCCGCAACUCCCCGUCCCUCAUCAGUUGGCACUCACUCUUGAACGUCUAGGUUCAAACGGUAACGGGGCGUCCGUGGGCCGUUUUUCAAGGAACCUAUCUGUGGGCCGCGGAACGGUGAUCAAAGCUAGUCGCCGGGUGAUUCGGGCCAUCAACGACUUGUCUCAACGUUACUUGCUCUGGCCAGACACGGAUAGGAGAGACGAAAUAUCAAAGGUCAUGAAGGCCGAGGGGUUCGAAGGAUGCAUUGGUUUUGUCGAUGGAACGACUAUUCCGCUUUACCAGCGGCCUUCUAUCGACGGUGAGGUGUUUUUUGACCGCAAGAAACGAUACUCAAUCAAUUGUCAGGUCAUCUGUGACUGCGACCAAUUCAUCACGGCAUACAUGACUGGAUGGCCGGGCUCGUGUGGUGAUAGUAUGGUUUUUAAGAGAAUGAUGGUCCAUAAGGAGCCAGCACUCUUCUUUGAUCCUGGACAGUACCUGAUUGCCGACUCAGCUUAUGAAUUGGGUCUGCACUGCAUUCCAGCUUACAAAGCCCCGGCAGCGUACAUCCAAGAAAACACGGAAUUCAACUACUGCCUGGCAAGGUCCCGGGUGCGGAACGAACAUACGAUCGGGAUUCUCAAGGGCCGGUGGGCCUCGCUGCAACAUCUCCGGCUGGCAAUACAAAAGCCUUCUGACAUGAUGGAGAUCAUCAGAUGGGUCAACUGUUGUGUGACUUUACACAACAUGCUUGCCCAUCUGGGUGAUGCCUGGGACAACUUGGAACGGCCGAUUGAAGAUGUCCCUGCGACUGGGCCUAGGGGAUCACCUGAAGAUACAGCAACAGAGCACCGCAAUAUUGUGCAGGCUCAUUGUUUGGAGAAAAACUACGCGCUUGGGGUCUUGCCAAUGUGA